AUGAAGUGGAUGAUCCUCGACGUUGCCAUUGGGGAGAGGGACAAGCUCAUCGACCUGGCCUACGACACCGACGACGACAAGCGACGGAGGCCCAUCGUUGAACCCUUGUUGACCGAGUGCGCCGGCCUCCCAUUCGACCCCGCCGCCGCCUACGCCCCGCCCUACGACAUGACGUCCAUGUUCACAAGCGUCAAGCAUGUCUUCUUCUUCGGCGGUAACUUGUAUCAAGUGUGGCGGAACGCCACCAGCGCCCGCUCUUGGCUGACGCCGGACGGUGGCCGGUUCGUCAUGUUGAAAGACCACAUCUUCGUCCUCAAGUACAACCCCGAGCGCCGGCCAUGCUGGGACGCAGUGACAGACCUAGGAGGCUACUCGGUGUUCGUCGGCAAGAACCAUCCUGUGGUGCUGCAGCCAAAGAAUGCGCCAGGCGUGACGGCCAACUGUGUGUACUGGAUCAACGAGCAAUCGAGGAAUGAGCCCAUGGUGUUCGACACGGUCACCGGGACCUCGACACUUCACCCUUCCACCGCCAAAGCACUGUCUCCCUCGUGCAAACUAGUUUGCUGCUGGUACUUCUUGGAUGACAAGAUUACAGAGGUCCAAGACUAUGGAAGAAAACCACGUCUAAUAAGUAUAGAUCAUUGCGAGCAGGUCUCCAAGAGUAGUCGGAAGGCUCACUAG